AUAAUGUUGUGAACUUUCGUCUAGAUGGCAUACGUUCAAAUCGGCACUAUGACCCUUCGGCAAUUAACUAUAAAAGGCGCAGAGAAUUUACGAUGCUGCACGUAGUGUUUCUACAACCGCGGUGGACAGAGACAUCAUUUGCUCUUCGCACAUCUAACUUCAAAUCAAAACAGCUUCCAAGAUGGGUUUUGAUAUUCCUGAACCAUACUGCUGGGAUGAAUCCUUCGCAACUUUCUACAAGCAAAUAGAUGAUGAGCACAAGGGCCUCUUCCAAGGAAUCUUCAAAUGUGCAGGAGCUCGUAGUGAUGCCGGUGCGCUUGCCAGUCUCCUCUCAGUGGUAGAGACUCACUUCAAGAAUGAAGAGAAAACAAUGGAAGAGAAGAACUACUCAGAUCUUGCUAACCACAGAACGAUCCAUGCAAAGUUCGUGGCUGACCUUAAAGCGCUCAAAACUCCACUUAAUGACCAGAACGUCAACUUUGCAAAGGAGUGGUUGGUGAAUCACAUUAAAGGGACAGAUUUCAAAUACAAAGGCAAGCUCGAUUAAACAACCUAUCUUGUUUGUUAUAGCUAUGCAACACAUACAUUCAUAGAUCUUCUACAGACGCUUUUUUACACAAAAAGACGCUUAGCUAAUAUAGACAUUGUUCAGAAAUGUACAUAUUGAGGACUUCUAGUUCAUGUGACUUUAAAAACUGAAAAGUGCUGGCACUUCGCCAUAUGAUGGUGGACUUGGUUGAUAUAGGCAACUGCGCAAACAUGUGUUUUUUGAACCUGGGAAAACUGCAUUAAUGUUUUUGAAACUAUGCACAAUAACAAUAAUGCACAACUUAUGAUGUAAUUUAAAUUUCAAAUUCAAAAUAUUUGGUAUUUAACCAAGUGAAAUGGUAUGGAAAUCAGAAUAAGAAUUUUAGCACCAUACAUGACUGCUGUUUCAAAGUUUAUCCAACAUUUGUGUACUUAUUCUAAUAAACCAUCAGUAUUGUUAGAACUAUUUAUUUUUAUUCAAUUGCAUCGGUAGAAAAAUGUAAUAUUGUAAUUUGGUUCAUAAAUUAUAUAUUUCUGCAUUGUAAACUAAAAG